AUGAGGCCGAUCUCUCAGCCUUUCGGGCGCAAUCAGCAGCGUCGCCACCUCUCCUACUCGCACCGACACGCCGCGCCCGACUCCUCGUCGUCCCCCACGGCGGCGGGCGUAGAGCCCAAGCCUGACGCCGAUCCCAUGGCCCGCACCGAGCUCCCUUUGGCGGUGCUCCACCCCAACCACUUCCGCCACACGCGCGAGCUCUUCGUCAAAAAGCGCCGGCUCGACGAGCAGCGGCUGCGCGACGCGAUGCAGGCCGUCAAGACCGGCCGCGAGCACGAGCUCGCCUACCUCGAUGACGCCGUCACCCUGUCCCAGUACGUGUCCAUCAACCUCAUGCUCCAGUGCGCCGCCGUUAACCCGAUCCGCUGGCAUAUGCAGCUAAAGGAAACCGCCCGCCUUGCCAACCAGGAAGGCGCGCGGAGGGCGACUCGGUGGCCCGCCAUGUGGUACGCCAACAGAAUCGAUGAGGGGACGGUGAAGACGGGCAUCCUGAACAUGCGGCAGCGUGUUCUGCGGGCGAGCGCGGAGACGAGGUUCAGAGAGGCGGAGCUCGGCCGGCGGGUGACGAGGAUCGUGCAGCUGCUGCUGCAGAAGGAGGAAAAUUCCGAGUCUUUUAGGUUGUUGCGGGGUUUGUUGGUGGCGAGAGUUCGGGAGAGACUGAGAGUCGAGCCGAGUAGGCGGUGGGCGAGGAGGUUCGUGUGGGCGGUGCAUAUGAUGCGCUACGAAGAGAUUGCAUAUCUCACGGAAGCGCUGGAAACUUCGGAGAAAGAUUUGGAAGCGAUGGAGACGAUGCUCUUGUUGAUCAAGUACGGGGCUGACGAACAGUUGAAGGCGCUGGAGGCUGGCGACUCGUUCCGCAGACCGGUUUUCAGAAAGUACCAAUCGGGGAUGGAUGUCAACAUGGAGAUGAGGGCAAACGACGCAUGGACGCUGGCAGGUGAACUGGAGCACUUGCUGGGUGUUGAGCGCCGCAUGGGCGAAAUCGUGUAA